GGCGUGUGGCCCAACAAAUGAGCAGCGAAGAGAUACCGGCUAACACAUUGUACCCCAGCGAUCUAAACCAACCGUAUAGCAGGGAACUUCGACAAAAAUGUCUAACUCCGAACUUCCCUCUCAUCGGGCUUGCCCCACGCGAACAUACAUGUCAAACUGAGGCAGCCAAAGAAGGGAUCACAUUUGAUGGCAGUCGUAGACGAUCCUUCUUAAAGACUAUAUCCGAAUCACUGACAGCCCGUGAAAAGUCGCACACCCCACAUGCGGAACUAAAUUCGUUUGACAGUUCGAUUGGAGUCUUAUUAUCAUGCUUGGGUUGCGUCGUAGGUACGGGUAACAUCUGGCGCUUCCCUCGUAUCAUUGCCACCGCCUCCAGCCCAAAAGGCAGCCUGACAUUUCUGAUCGCUUGGGUCCUAUCGUUGUUCGUAUGGUCUCUGCCACUUAGCAUCGUCGAGUAUUCCCUGGGACGAUUCACCAGAACAUCACCACUUGGGGCCUUCCACAAAUUUCUUGGAAGCAAACUGAUAUGGCUUGGUGGUUGGAUUGUGGGUGUGACCUAUAUGAUCACCGCCUACUUUUCCGUGAUUGUGGGUUGGUGUCUCUAUUACUUCUACAAGUCGUGUGCCCUACCGAGCUUACCAUUGGACGAGGUCGCCAGUGUCAAUAUUUUCAACGAGUUUGCCAGAGAUUCAUAUUGGCCCGUACUGUUUCACACAAUUGCCGUGCUCAUUGUUGCCGUUUGUAUUUUUGGUGGCAUACGAUGGAUCGAGAAAGCCAACAUGUUUCUGGUGCCAAUGCUUCUCGGGAUCCUGUUGUUCACGUUUGGCUGGUCACUCACUCGGCAGUACGCUGAAGUGGGGAUUACGUUUAUUUUUACCCCCGAGUGGAGUAGCAUGCUAACUCCCAGUGUAUGGGUACAAGCAGCCACUCAAAACGCUUUCGAUACUGGAGCAGCGAUGGCCCUGUUUGUCUCCUAUUCGGCAUAUUUUACUCGCAAAAACGGAGCAGUGCGCUUUGGCUCCCUAGUCCCACUCGUAAACAAUAGUGUGAGCUUGCUUUGUGCCGUCACCGUAUUUUCCACGGUAUUUUCUACACUGAUUCAAACCUCCCCAGAACUGACCCGUUUGGGUAUCCUGGAAAUAAUGCAGCAAAAUGGUCCCGGGAGUACGGGACUCACCUUUACUUGGAUUCCCGUGUUAUUUGCACAUGUUGAAGGAAUAGGCCGGGUUCUUUGUAGCCUAUUCUUCCUGUGUCUGUCGUUUGCUGGAGUAACUUCGCUCAUUGGGCACGUACAGCUGACCGUGAUAACAUUGAAAGACUUGGGAUUAUCCCACCGGAAAGCAUCAUUUGGUGGUCUUGCCCUAACCCUGAUUUUUGGAAUGCCAUCGGCGAUCAACAUAAACGUGCUGACAAAUCAGGAUGCCGUUUGGGGGUUCGCUCUCAUGUUGUCCGGUCUUGCCAUGGCUGCAUUAAUACUGAUCUACGGACCUUUGCGGUACAGAAAAGUUGUGGUCAAUGACUUCGGUAUCGAUGAUUGGAAAUUGUCAAUUGUUGUUUUGGUGCCUUUUGCAGGGAUAGGCCUCAUCGUUUGGUGGGCUUAUGAAGGUAUACUCUCUGAUAAGUACUGGUAUCACCUGACUUUGGACUCAGUCAUGACCACACUUCUUGAGUGGGGCAUCCUGUUUGUCGUUCUGCUGAUAGCCAAUGGAAUUGCUUUAUGGCGCAAGAAAGAGUUGUUUCCAAAGAACAAAUUCGUUGGAUACGAUCCACACAACCCGGACUAUGAGUUACCCCAGUGCAUUAAGCGAAAAAAAACAUCAUACCUUGCUGUCCUCCCACAUAGCACUGAGCAAAUAGACGCAGAAAACGCCAACAACUCCGGGAGGACGGACUUCUGAGGAACCACAAUAUCCGGAAAGUCGUACCAUUGAAAACUGGUUGAGAUAACAACCUCAACAUUGCAGAGUACGGAAGCGGCGAGUGUAUCAAAAGCUUCCGCUUUUUAUAUUUGUUUAUUCGCAAUUAUGCUUAGAGUUAUCCUCAAAAAGGUGAAGGAUACUUUGUCUCCUCCGUAUCUAAAUUUGGGUGUCAUUUAUUCAAUAAAGAAAUACUACUCAACCCGGAGAUGCUGCUGUCUUACACGGAAUGUCGACUGCUACAGAAUCCUUCGUGCUAAAUUCAACGUGUUUUCGA